AUGGUGUCUCUGCUCUGCCCGGACAUCACCUGUCAAUCAUACAGUGUGGGGGCGGGAAUCUGCUCUCAUCUCUCUGCUGUUUCCUUCCUGUCUGCAGGGAUCUCCAUGCCGAUUCCUGUGCUGGGACUCAGAGACCACUCCAAGGUGUUCAAAGAUGGCAGCUGCCUGCUGACAGAUAACAACUUUGUGCUGGUCGGCUCCUUCGUGGCCUUCUUUGUGCCCCUCACCAUCAUGGUCGUCACCUAUUUUCUGACCAUCAACGCCCUGCAGAAUGAAGCCACCCUCUGCUUGGACCAGCUGGUCCCGAGGCCCAAAUGGAGCACAACAUUCACCCUGAGCUUCUUACCGCAAACCUCUCUGUCCUCUGAAAAACUGUUCAGACGCUCGAUAAGCCGUGAGGCAGGUGGCAGAGGAAGCAGCGGCGGCCUGGGAGGCGCCCGCGGGAGCGUCACCGGCUCGCUGUUUGGACGCCGCACCAUGCAGUCGAUCAGCAACGAGCAGAAGGCAUCCAAGGUCCUCGGGGUGGUGUUUUUUCUAUUCGUGGUCAUGUGGUGUCCAUUUUUCAUCACCAAUGUGCUGGUGGUGGUGUGUGACCCGGCGGUGUGCGAUGCAGGACUCAUGGGAGGUCUGCUGAACAUUUUCGUCUGGGUCGGGUACUUGUCCUCAGCAGUCAAUCCGCUGGUCUACACACUGUUUAAUAAAACAUACCGUGCAGCUUUCCUGCGCUACAUCCGCUGCCAGUACCAGCCGCAGAAGAAACCUCUGCAGCUCAUACUGGUGAACACCAUCCCGCCGCUGGCUUACAACUCCACCCAGCUGCCCCUGGGCGACAUCGGGAAGUUACGAAAUGGAACAGCGCAUUCUUGUGGUGAGGUGAGGGAUUGCUCUUUACCCAGGCAGGAAACAGAGAUGUGUAGGCCGGACAAAAGCCAUGGAGAUAAAGAUGAAAGCUGUGUGUGAGAGUGGCUGACAGAACAGACUGACACAGAAACAGAAGUAAAAACCUGCUUCAAGGUUUGAGAUUAAACUAUCACAUUUAACCUCUGCGGUCACAUCUUUCUUGGGAGCAAAGGAUUCAAGGUUUAAUGUCAAAGUGCCAAAGACAAAGUGCCUCCCAGUCAGGAUUUCAGAGGUUAUGUGCGUCCCAAUCCCUCAAGCAAAUUGAGCUAUAAAUGAUAUAAACUUUUUCCUUUCAAAGCAACCUUAGAGGGUUUGUCCUCAGAUUCAUUCAGCCUCUGAUCCUCAUCAUCAGGGUCUGGAUCAGUUGCAUAAAGUUUCCUUAUUACAACAAAAACACCUUUUGAUAACAAUUUACCCCAAAAUAAUGUCAGUGCUUUGUUUCAUGUAUUUAAAUCCCUCAAAGUCUUUACAAGGUUUUGGUCUUAGUGCUGUUUCAGAGCUUUCUCACUGCCAGAAAAUGUUUUUUUUUUUUCACUUGAGAAUCUUUAAAAAACAACAACAACAACAACUAGAUAUUGAAUUUAUCAGUAUCAUCCAGUCUGAGAGCCAGAUGACAGGAAUAGGCACAGUCCAUGUAAAUGAUAUGAGACGCUCUUGGGUAUAUCCACUACAAAAGAAGACAUAAUUUGCCCAUUUUGCAAAUGACCCUUCAGACAAAGGGGUAAAAAAAAUCAUAGAUUCCUCCCAUAAUUUCAUUUUCCAUGGAUGCUCAGCUGCAGUGACCUCAGCUCCCCCUUCAUUUCACUGGCUCCAUGACUUCAGUCAGGUGGCCUCUACCUCCCAUCAUACCUUUGGGUGGAUCAGCAGGGAUUAGACUGGAUUUCCUGCCACCUUAUCAGAUGUUAGCGUCGGAGAGGGAGAUCCAGGAUGAGCCUGACGCACCGGGACUCCAGACAGGAAAGGCUCCUGCUGCUUCUGUGUUUUCUGUUGAAAAUAACAACACUAAGAACAAAUAGUAUGUCUGAGAGCAGAUGGUGAUGGGGUGACGAUGUUACAGACAGACAACGUAAAUAAAUCUAUAUUUGUAUUUUGUGCAGAUAUAUGUGAAUAAAUGUACAUGAUUGUUGAGGUUAAAAAGAUUUUUUCACAAGUGAAAGGAGAAUUAUCGUUCCUGAUUACGAUGCAGUAUGAAGAUUGUAAAAUGAGGAUUUAAAUGCAAAUGUAUCCAUUGCCGCACUUUUUUAUUGUGUUCUUGAUAAACUACCAGUGCACAUUGGCACAAAAUAUCAAGGGUUUUCUGCAGUCUUUACACAUAGUGACACAUGAUCUGGUUGCCACGUGUUUAAAUAUCAUUUUAAUAAUUUAGACCUGCUGUAUUAGACUAAAGAGAGAAUCAUCUGGACAUAGGACAGAAGCUAGAUUAAUUCAUGAUGGUGGGUUUGUACCAUGGAUGUAUUAUCAAGGUGUGUUCAGACCUGAGCCAUGGACCUCAGAUUAGAUAUAGACUUGGUCCAAAAUACAGUUCAGACAGGACAAUAUCUCACAGAAUCUUGCCACUAAACUAACGUUCAGAAUAUUUAGCUCAUUCAUGAUACAAAAUAGUAAUAAUUGACCUUGAGGUGUCAUGACAACAGUUUUACAGACAUAUUUUAUAUCUUCAGGGAAAUGCAAUUUGGGACCUGGGAUUUAUUUUUGUUGCAGUACCGUAUUUGGCCACUGUGAAAAAUGUGCAACUCUCCAACACUCUGUUAGUACAUCCAUGGCUUGCACAAUGACUACCAUGUUCAGAAAAGCCUUGAAAACCAAAAGGCAACAACAAGAAGAAAAUUAAUGUGGAGUAAAAGUUAAAUGUAAAGAAAAAAAAUUGACAAAAAAACAAAUUUGCACAUAAGUUUUCCUUUGGUGGAAGUGGAAUGUAAUGAAGAGUUCAUUUCCAAGAUGCUAAAUAUCCAUUCACAAGAGGGUUUAUAAUGUUAUUAGCCAAAAACCUUUUUAAAAUGUAAUGAAGUUGGUUAAAAUUUUCUACAACAAAUCAUAUCACUGUCACUUUUUGAAGUAGUGGCUAUUUCAUCUUGGACCAGAAUUCUUCACAUGUAAUGAGAAGGCUAAAGCUAGCUCAGGGUAUAUUAAAAGUUAAAGAAGGACUUGAUGCAUGUUGCACUAAGUGUGAGUGACUGGUAAAAGGUUUUUUCGGUCAAAGCAGGCAGCAGCCAGGUUAUUUAUCAUUACAGCUGCUGUUAACAGCAGGUGAGGAACUAUCGGAUAAAUGUGGCUCACAGAACAGCGAUGCUGCAACUGUAAUGAUACAAGAGAAAUAUAAAAUCAGCAGGCGUCUGCUUUUAGCUUUACAGAAACAUUUAGCAGCGAUGCAAUUUCUUCUACCUGCUGAGUCACAACCUGCAUUUACAUAGAAACAGAAAAGUCUGAUUCUUCAGCUCCGAAUAAUUGGGAAGCUGCUCAAAUCUUACACAUGGAACACAAACAAGGUCAUCAACCGCCAACUCAUGCCCUGUUUACACAACAACAGUUUUGUUAAAAACUCAAAAGCUUUUCCUUUGCAUUUUAAAACGUUCAGCAUUCACGUAAUGCUACACACUUCAUGCACACUGAUCUAUGUAAAUGAUUGAAAAUGCAGUAGUAUACUAAUAUGUAAUUUGAUUGAGUCUGCAGCACAAACACAUAGUCCACCAGUGUUGUUGCUGUUCUAUUUCCACAUGGCUGUUUUCACAGUGACAGUAAGGGUGGCGUUUAUAAAGAUUACACUCUGGAAACUUGGUUUCUCUGGUUUCAGAAGUUUGUGUUUUCAGGUCCCAAAACACUGUUGUGUGAAUGAAAGGCCAAACCACCACAAAGGUUUACAAAAACUGUUGUUGUGUAAACAGGACCUGAAUGGAUGUCAUAUUAGAUCCUGAUUUGGACAUCCUGUUUUGAUCAAUGACACAACAUUUCAAGGCUUUAUGCUAAGCUAAGCCAACCAGCUGUAGCUGUAGCUUGACAAUUACUGUACAGACGUGAGAGUGGAAUAAAUCUGAAUAUCUAACUUCUGAAACAUCGGAAAACUGAGUUUGGUUUUCUAAAACAGUUUUGUCUCUGCUCAUGAGAUAGAAACUAAAUCCGCAAAGCCAAAUGGCCAUGCUGUCAUCUGAUAGUUUGUUCUGUUUAAACCGUGUCAUGAUGAUACUGCCUGAAACCCACCAAACUAAAACCCAUGGUGUAAAAGAAACCCUGAAUUUGAAGGCUUCUGAAUCGGCCAUCUUUGUAUCUGUGUAAGUGCAGCUGUGGUGGGUGAAGGACUGUGGUUCGACCAUCUUGUUAGCCUUUGUUGUGUUGCUCAUUCUGGUAGCUACCAGGCCCAGUUUGGGUUUUUUAAUGGAUUAAUUGAGACGACGUAGCUGCUGUCUGUGUGUAGUUCUGUUGCUGUUGCAGUGAUGUGAGGACCAUCAACACCUUCCUGCUGAAGUAACUCUGGAUCCACAGCGUAACUCUGGAGCUGUUUUUUUUAAAACUACAGUAGUGUCUGUUUUGGAAUUUGAUGUUUGAUGGUGACAGUCACAUUUCUUUUGUAUGUCAACUGUAUGAAACAGUUUUUCGCUUCCUUGUUUUGAAAGUAAAAAAAAAAAAAA